UAAGAAAAGAAUAUGCAACGGAAGAGUUUCAGAAAUGGGCAACGGAGUACGAUUUGGAGGGGAAAACGGAAGGGAGAGGGCUGGUGAUUCAGGGGUGGGCACCUCAAGUUCUGAUACUGACCCACUCUGCAAUUGGAUGCUUUUUGACUCAUUGCGGCUGGAAUUCGUGCACCGAAGCCAUAUCUGCGGGCGUGCCCAUGAUCACUUGGCCGAUUUUUGGGGAUCAAAAUUUCAACAAGAAACUGAUUGUAGAGAUACUCAGGAUUGGAGUAGGCGUAGGCGUGGAAACGGCUGUGGAUUGGGCAGGGAAAGCUGAGAAAAGGGCGUUGGUGAAGAGAGACAAAGUGAGAGAAGCCAUAGAAAUGGCGAUGGAUGGAGAUGGGAGUGAGGAGAUGAGAGAGAGAUGCAAACAACUCGCUGAGAAGGCCAAGAGAGCACUACAAGAAGGGGGCUCUUCUCACUUAAAUCUCAAGCUGCUGAUUCAAGAUAUUGUUGCUUAUGGAACAGGUUGUCAGAAUGGGAACUGUUCAUGAUUUGCUCAAGUGCCAGAUUUUAGAUUUUUCCGUAAUUUGAUGAAUUAUUAUCAUUCUAACGUUGUUUGUUUGACGCAUGAAAUUUAGUUCCUAAUAAGUAUCAUGUCUAGUUUAGGUAAUUUCUAGUUUAUUUUUCACUCUCGUAGUCUUUUAUUGUACUAAAAAAACUCUAGUUAUCUAUUAAUAAAUAUUAUGUUUGGGUAACUUUUAGUUUAUUUA